AACACUUAGAAACACUGAGCUGAUGAACACUGAGCUGAAGAACACUUAGCAGAGGAACCCUGAAGAACACUAAGAACACUGACACUAAAGAAGAAGAUCUAGACCCUUUAAUGCUCUGGUUCAGUUCCAGUGCCUUUUAGGAGGCUGAGAAGCUUUAAAGAUGCUGUACAUUGUGUAUAAUGUGGGGGUGAAUAAAGGGUUCCUCAGGGGUUCUUCAGCUAUUUAAUGGUCCUUAGAUUCCUCAGUGUGUUCUUCAUGGAACCAUUUCUAAAAGUAAAUCUGUCCUUUAGAGGGUUUGUGGAAAAGCUUUAGGGAUUUUUAAUGAUUCCAGGAAGAACAUGUUCAGGAGGAUAAGAUCCUCUACAACUCCUCUUUAAGACUUAAAGUACAACAAUAAGAGCCUUAAGGGUUCUGUGAUUCACACACACACACACACACACACACACACACACACACACACGGUAGCUCUCCCCGCCCCCUCUCUCUCCCCGGGCAGCGCGCGCUUAUCCAGCAGCAGCCGUUACCUGGUUACCGGUAGCCGGUGUCGCGCGCAGCAGUGCAGUGCGGCGGUGAGGGACUCAGCUUUCAGAGCGCAGUCACAGCGGAGAGUUUCACCGACACGCACGAGCCCGCCGCUUCCAGCCGCCUCACGCGCCUUCAUUUCCGUUAUCUCCCACUUCCUCUUCCUCCUGAUCCUCCUCGAGCUCCGCGCUGCUGCGGCUCUGCAGGAAUCCCGAGCUCCAGACUCGCGCUGUGAUCACAGGACAAUGGCCCCGAGCUGAGCACUGUGUGAGAGAGCAGAGAUCAGAGCUGUGAUGGACAUCUCGUCAGUGGACCCCUCUGCUGUAGCAGAGCUCUGGAACAACCUUUCCCUCUCAGGAUUCUUCUUCAACGAGACUUUUCUUAAUGAGACUUUUCUCAACAAGACUUUUCACAACAAGACUUUGCCCAAUGACACGUGCCUCUUCAACAUAUCCAACUGCACCAAUGGAACCGGAGCUGGAGGCAUCAGUGUAGCCGGGGUCCUUAUCCCACUCAUAUACAUCAUCGUGUGCAUCAUCGGCCUUGGUGGAAACACUCUGGUCAUCCACAUCGUACUGCACUACUCCAAGACGGAAUCCGUUACCAACAUCUACAUCCUUAAUCUGGCCAUCGCUGAUGAGCUGUUUAUGCUCAGCCUUCCCUUCCUGGCUGUCCAGAAUGCCAUGAUGUCCUGGCCCUUCGGCUCCUUCAUGUGCCGUCUGGUGAUGACCGUUGAUGGGAUCAACCAGUUCACCAGCAUUUUCUGCCUGAUGGUGAUGAGUAUCGACCGCUACCUGGCUGUGGUGCACCCCAUCCGCUCGUCAAGGUGGAGGAGACCACAGGUAGCCAAGGCUGUGAAUGGUUCCGUGUGGGCGAUGUCCUUUAUAGUGGUUCUGCCGAUGGUGGUCUUCGCUGGUGUGUUUGAGACAGGGGGGACGUGCACCAUCAACUGGCCAGAUACGUGCACCAUCUGCCGUGCUGCAUUCAUCAUCUACACCUCCACUGUAGGGUUCUUCUUCCCCCUGCUGGUCAUCUGCAUGUGCUACCUGCUCAUCGUGGUAAAGAUCCGCAGCUCGAGCAAAAAGGUCCACGCCACGUCGAGCAAACGGCGCAAGUCCGAGCGCAAAGUCACACGCAUGGUGGUGAUCGUGGUGGCUGUGUUUGUCUUCUGCUGGCUGCCGUUCUACGCUCUGAACAUCAUCAACCUGAUUGUGUUUCCACCACCUAGCGAGCUGCAGGGCUUCUACUACUUUGUGGUGGUGCUGUCCUACGCCAACAGCUGCGCCAACCCCAUCGUCUACAGCUUCCUCUCUGACAACUUCAAACGAGGCUUCCGGAAGGCUCUGUGCCGCUCGUCCAGAAAGGUCGAGAACCACGAACCAGCAGAACGUCAGGAGCAGGAGGAGCGCAGGCAGAUUCUGAUGCCCCGUGAGAGUCUGCGCAGAGCUGUAAGAGAAGAUGAAGAUGAGGAUGAAGAAGAGGACAGAGAGGAAGUUACGGAGAUGACUGAGAUCUGCAAGAUCACUCAGAACGGGAACGGCAGUGCACAGUGCACUCGCGCUUUGCUCUCCGAGAGGCCGUUAGCUCCGGGGCUCUCAGAGCUGAACUCUCCAAGAGCAGAUGGGAUUGGGAAAGGACCUGGAUUUGGGCCGAACACAGCACUGCUGAAUGGUGUGAAAAACGGAAAUGUGAAGCCACUGCCAGAGGAACCUGUAGAAAAGAACACGUCAUUGGAGAUCAGCUACUUGUAAAAUCUGUAAAAAAAAAUUUUUUUCUUUGUUAUUUUGCGACAGAGCCCCAGUAUUUCUAUACUUAUAUCUCAUAUGUUUCUGCCACAAGUGGAGCUUUGCCGAAAUUUUAGCUCAAGCCCUGUUUGCGUCCAAGAAAUUACAGUGUAAAUUGUGUAAAUGAUGUAAUAUUCCUUAGUGAAUUCCUUAUUUGUUGUUGUACAUCAGAAAGUUUAUAAAGCCAAGCUCAUGACUGUUCUUUCAGACUCUCACCUCUACUCUUUUCAUUCAGCCUGACUGAUACCUGAACAGACACAAAUCUGAUUUCCACUUAUACUCCAGCGUAAUUCAAUCAGAAGUGAUUUAUUGCAAACAGAGCUGCGUGACUUCAUGCUGCAAGUCAAGACAUUACACCUCCAUUAAACCUUAUAACCUAUAAGAUGAUGAAGGAAGAAAUCCUCGUGUAAAACUGUCUCGUUGUUUGCCAUGCUUCACAAGCCGGGGUCAUCUGCAUACGUUACGGAUCAGUUCAUGGUGAAUAUUUUUAGGUCAGCGUGUUUCAGAAUACUUCCUCAGGAACAUUUUAAUAUUCCAAGCAGAAAAUUUACAAGCAAACAGAAAACAUGAAACAUUUAUUCUUUACAGAAGUAAUCAAAUGGUGUUUUUAAGCUGCUGCAUAUGGAAAUGUUGUAGGAAAUAUUGUGCAAAGGUUUACACACCCAUAAAACACCAUAAAGACACAAAAUAUCCUGUCUGUUCAGGAGGUGUUGAUUAGUUUUCUAUAAUGGCAGCUCUGACAGUAGCACAGGUUUAUAUUAAUGUGCUCGUUUUAAUACGGUAUCGUUUCCAUAGUAACAGGUCAUUCACAGGGACGUGUACAGCAGACACAGCAGAAGUUUUCUGUAAGGAGAUUGUAACAUUUCUGGAAGGAGUCUCCAGUGUCAGCGCUUUGUAACAGUCAGAGGUAAAGCUGUAACUUUAGGUUUUCUGACAUCUUCAGGACAGAGGAGUUUACGCUUCUUUGCGGUUUCUCACUAACAAGACAAGAGAGAAUAAAGAGGCUGGUGAGGAAACGACUGUUUAUAGCUGCUAUAACGUAAGUGACAACAGGAACUCACCUGCUUCACUGACGUUGCAGAACAUUAAACGUAGCUAUAAAUGGUUAAAAAGUAUGGACCUGUUGUAUUGUAAUAAAUGAACAUUUGUACAUAUUAGAGUAUAAGAGUAUAAUUUUUCCAGUUUCAGAUUGUUGUCUUGUUGCAGGAUACACUCACGUUUCAUUCUUUAUUCUAUUCUUUUUAUUCUUUACAGAUAAAUUGAACAAGAAGUUUGUUAUUUUCUUAUUCAGACACACUGGCUGGGGUGUGCAAACUUUUGCACUCAACCAUAUAUUCACUUAAAACCAUGUGCAAAUUUUAAUUUAGUUUUCAGCAAAAGUUUUUAAGAGCACCAGCAACGUCAUGUCCAAGUGCCUCCUACUACAAACAUACUGUUCCCUCAAAUUCCACCCACGCAGCAAGAUCUGUAUACACACUCUUACACACACACACACACACACACACACACACACACACCACACACACACACACAGCACACACACACAGCACACACACACACACACACACACACACAGAGGGACAUUUGUGUCCAGCAUUGUAAGUCCACACACUUGACAUUCAGAGAUAUUUUGUGAAAGAGCUGUAAGACUCUUCUCUCUCUCUGAACAUUCAGGCAGUGUGUAAAGCUUCCUGUGUUAUACCGAGGUCCAGCAUACACCACCUCCACCUCCACCUCCAUCUUCACCUCCACCUCCAUCUUCACCUCCACCUCCAUCUUCACCUCCACCUCCAUCUUCACCUCCACCUACGCAUUCACACACAACACAAUUCACACACAACACAAUUCACACAUGGCUUAAAGUGAUUACAGGUUAUGUCAGAGACAGCGCAGUGCCACUGAUGCCUUCCUCAAGCCUGAGAGGAAAAUAACCAUUCCCUCUUACAUAGCUUCUUUCUUAAAAAACUCAUGUACUUAACUGGAUUGAUUCUGAUUGGUCAGAAGGUGUUGAUUAAUUUUCUAUAACAGCAUCUCUGACAGUAGUGCAGCUGCAGAUCACAGAUUUAUAUUAAUGCGCUCGUUCUAAUACGUUAUCGUUUCUAUAGCAACACCUAUUAAUAAACAGAUUUUAAAAAACUUUGCUCUGUAAGGAGAUGUUUAUGUAACAUGUAUGGAAGGAGUCUCCAGUGUGAGCGCUUUGUAACAGUCAGAGGUAAAGCUGUAACUUUAGUUUUCUGACGUCUUCAGGACAGAGGAGUUUACGCUUCUUUGCGGUUUCUCAGUAACAUGCGGAACAAGCUGAGAGCGAGAAUAAAGAGACGCUGGUGAGGGAACGCGUGUUUAUAGCUGCUAGAACGUAAGCGACAACAGGAACUCACCUGUUUCACCGACGUUGCACGGCAUUAAAUGUCGAUCUUUAAUAAAUAGUGCUGUGAUAUAAGACGAAUGAAACACUCGGAGAUGUGCUGUUAUAGGAAAAUAAUCAACUGUAGCUAUGGCGAUGCUGCAGUGCUGGUGUGUACAGGGUUUCACACAGAGGCGACCCGACCUCUGAUCGUAAUGAAUCUCUGUGAUUCAUUGGAUGUUUGCGACCCACUGAGACCCGCCCACCAGCGCAUUACUCACCUCUCAGCUCAGAUUUAAUUCAGGCUCGAACGCAGACAAAGCCAUUAGCUCACGAGUGAGAAUGCAGAGCGAGCCCACGGCUCCUUCAGCCCUGUUUUCACUUCUCUCUCUCUCUCUCUCUCUCUCUCUCUCUCUCUCUCUGUCUCAGUGCUCAAGUGUAAGUGUUUAUUUCAUAUCCGCUUGUGGAGAAUGUGUUUAGGAAAUUUAUUUAUUUAUAAAAUGUCUGAAUGCAGCGCUGUGUUUGUGCUCUGAGUGUCAGUGAGCCAUCUGCUGUCCUUUUUGUUGUUUUUUGUUUUUCAGCACAAUCAUGUGGGCUUUUCUCUUUUCUCUGUUUUGUCUCUGGAGAAGAUAAAGACGGAGACUCGGGGUCAGAAACAAUGGACAUUUUUAUUCAGCUGAGCGGUGAAUCUGUACUAUAUCCAGUUUUUUUUUAUUAUUAUUUCUUUAAUUCUGUGUGUAGGAGGUGAUGUCCAGCCAAAAUCCUAGAUUUCUAUAUUUCAUAAAAAAUAAGUGAAAUAAAUAUUUUAUCAAUGUUUACUGGCAUUGUGCUUCUUUCCUUAUUACCUAAUACAAGUUCAAUUCAGGUAUCCCUAAAAACCAUCACAUCAAACACUUAAUAGUCUUAACCUCUUUAACUGUUAACACUAUUUGUUUAGUUAUAUUUUUAAAGUUAAUUGCAAGCUUUGUUUUACAUUUGUUUUAUUGCCCUGUAAAUGUAGAUUCACUGGUGGAAUAAAACAAAAAGGCAAAACAUUUAAAAAUGAGUAGAAAUAUUGGAUAAAUUUAUAUAUGUUCAAUAUAUUUCCACUUGCAAAUAUGUCUCUUUUUUGCAUUUAAUACUUUCCCUGGAUGCAAAACUGAAGAACCCUUAAGAGUUCUAGAUCUGAAACUUUUUUCUAAGAAUGUUGAUUUUUAAGUUUUUACCAAAAAAAAAAAACCUUUCAGCAUUCAGUGUGUGACGUUUCUGCUUUUGAAAGCAGUUUUACAAGAAGCCUUUUCUGAAGAAACCUUAAGACUUAUUG